GUCUUGAAAUGUUCGUGGAGAUCUAGGGAAGGUUAAAAGAGAUACCAAAACAGUUUUGAUAGUGGGUGUGUAAGAUAUGGUACAAGUUAUAGUAAAAGAAGGUAUACUCGAGGGAGAAGUGGUCGAGAAUGAUCUUGGAGGUCAGUUCUACAGCUUCAAAGGUAUUCCAUACGCUGAGCCGCCUCUUGGUGAAUUAAGAUUCAAGCCACCUCAGCCAAAGAAGGGUUGGGAUGGAGUUCGCGAGGCAAAUAAAUUUGGCUCCAUCUGCUAUCAAGUGAAUGUACUCGCAAUUAAAUUAACUCCUACCGGCUCUGAAGACUGUUUAUAUUUAAACAUUUAUUCACCAAACAUAAAUCCCACGAAGCCUUUACCAGUCAUGUUUUAUAUUCAUGGCGGAGGAUUUCUUUGUGGAAGUGGCAAUGAUGAUAUGUGCGGACCUGAAUUCUUAGUACGACAUGAAGUGGUUCUUGUAACAUUUAAUUACAGAUUGGAAGUUCUAGGCUUCCUAUGUCUAGACACUGAAGAGAUUCCAGGGAAUACCGGCAUGAAAGACCAAGUAGCAGCACUCAGAUGGGUUAACGAGAACAUAGCAAACUUUGGUGGUGAUCCAAAUAACAUAACAAUUUUUGGCCACAGUGCUGGGGCUUGUAGCGUCAGUUACCAUUUGAUUUCGCCAAUGACAAAAGGUCUUUUUCAAAAAGCUAUAAUAAUGAGUGGAUCCUUAAAUUCUUUUUGGGGACAAAUUUUUGAACCCCGAGAAAGAGCCCUCGCUUUGGCAAGAAGAUUAGGAUGCCAUAGUAAUGGGGAUAAAGAACUUUACGAGUUUUUUAAAAACCAGCCAGUGGAAUCACUUGUUAAUAUUCAGUUACCUAUAACAUUUAAUGAGAAAGGUAAAGAAUUAUUUGAACUUAAUUUCGGAAUUGUAAGCGAAAAAGAAGGUGACAAGGAUAGAUUUGUUUAUGGAGAUGUUAUCGCAAAACUACGUAAUGGCAUCCAUGAGGGCAUUGACCUCAUAAUGGGAUAUACAAAAGACGAAGGUCUAAUUAGUUUAAGAAGUGAUUUACAGAAAAUAAUAAAUUAUGCAAAUGAAUAUCCAGAAUCAUUUGUUCCUAAUUCAAUAGCUUAUAAUUGUAGUAUGAAAGAACAAUUCCAAGUUGGCAGAAAAAUAAAACAUUUUUACUUUAAUAAUGAUGCAAUUGGCAUGAAUAAUUUAAGCGAACUCAUUAAAUUUCUCUCUUUGAGCACAUUCACUUACCCUAUGUUUCAAUUAGCAAGAAGUUGUUCAAGAACAAAUAAAGUUUACUUUUAUAAAUUUACUGGGAAAUCAGAGAGAAAUUUAAUGGCUCACGUUUGUAAUGUUAAAAAAAUAAUGGGCGAUGAAAUACCAGUUUGUCACGGAGAUGAAUUAUAUUACAUUUUCCCGAUGAAGAGAACUAAACUGAAAAUAUGUAAGAAAUCAAAAAGUUUUAAAAUUAUAGAAAAUGUUACAAAACUUUGGACAAACUUCGCAAAAUUUGGAAAUCCAACGGCGCAUGAAUGUUUUCGCUUGGAAUGGACUCCGUAUUCAGUUGAACAAGAUUACUUGGAAAUCAAUGAAGAUUUAACGAUGGGUACUGAACCUGACAAAAUAGAGGUGGAUUUCUGGGAAAACCUUUAUAGAAAUUAUCUACCUUCCUCUAUACCUUAUUAAUUUAUAACUUCAAUAUUGUUUGAACUUUAGAAUAAUAUCUGUGAAAAAAUCUAUAAAUUACUGGCAAACUCAAAGAAGUUUAAUUGUUUCUUAGUCUGCCCUAAGUGUAUAUUUACGAUGACUAGAUAGAUGAAUGGAUUUAUUACAAGUUGUCACCAGAACGGCUCAACGGAUUUCGUUGUAAAUUGUCAUAGAUUUAGAAUAUAGUCUGGUAAAACACAUAGUCUAAUUAUAUCACUUAAGUAGUUACGAUUUCCGAAGGAUAAGUUUCUCUUAACAUAUUUACUCGAUAACUUCGGAAUGAUUUAACGUUUCUGAUUGAAUUCGUAACAGUUAUGGAACACGUAAUCUCGUUUAAAAAACCUUUCCCCCUGGAAUUACCGUAAUAUUUUAUCAGUUGUGCUGACGUACGUUUACAAUUGUACGGAAAUUUCCGUAAAAUUAAUCCAGCUGGUCUUAUAUACACAAUCAGUAGCGUAUUUUUGAAAAAUAACACUAUAACUCUUACUAAUAUCCACACUAAUAUUAUAAAGCGGAAUAGUUUGU